GGCAUCUGGCAACAAAGGAACAAGGACGCGUUGGUUUUGGCGCGAAAUAUCUGGCGCGCAAUCAGACAGCUGGCUGGGCAGGGCUCUCGAGGCGCACUCCUGUACGAAUCACUUAUAUUAAUAGAACUGCGGUUUAUUUGAUAAGAUUUCACGCAGUUGAACUCUAUGAAACUCGUUUACUAGUUGACUCACCACUUUGACCAAUCUUGCUACUCAGGAAAGUGUAAAUAUCUUGAGAUAGGACAUGGAGGCGGCCACUGAUCUUGCGGCCGACGUUGGAGGCCCCCAAAGGAAAGAAAUUGGCAACUUCUGGGAUCUUCAUGAACGCCUAGAACAUUCAUGGGCUAACAUUGUGGAGAAAAGAGACAAAGCAGCAAACAAGCAAAACGCAUUAGCACGGCGCACUUCUGAUGCACAGCUGUAUGAGACAGACCCUGAGGUGCUCGGCAGACGUCUCAAGCAAAUAGAGUAUGGCAAGAGUACUGUAGGCUAUGAGCGUUACUGUGCUGCUGUUCCUAGGAAAAAUCGAGCAAAGCACCACCCUCGCACACCAAACCGUUACCUGAAGUUCAGCCGACGGUCAUGGGAUGCCCAGAUUCGCAUUUGGCGCCGGCAAUUGCACAUUUGGGACCCCCCGAAAGAACAGUCAGAGGAUGCGACAGAUGAGAUGCCAAGUAACAGUCCUGAUCUCGGUGAUGCUGACAUUCUUCUUGAUGAAGAUGUUGAAGCCCUCCUGUCUGAACCUGAUUUUUCUACAAAACCAACAGAAGUGGUUAAGAAGCUGGACUUCGAAUAACGCUCUUUUGAAGUAUUUUGUAUUUCACUACAUACAGGGUGUCCCAGCUAUCACGCAGCAUGAUUUUAAAAAAGAGGAAUGGCGUUACGCGAAGCCAAGCUAGUGGGUAUUGUUUCCAGUACAGUGGAGUAGCCGUUACUGAGAUUUAAGUAAUUAAUUACAAUUAAUGAAUUAAAUCUCAGUAACGGCUACUCCACUGUACUGGAAACAAUACGCACUAGGUUUGCUUCGCGUAACGCCGUUCCUUUUUUUUUUUUUUUUUUUUAAUCGUGCUGCGUGAUAGCUCGGAGACCCUGUAUAGACCUGUAUAAGUGGCUCAUUCCUGCUGCAUUAUUGCAUUUUAUCAUUUUACAAGUAUAUUGUCUGAAUAUAUGCUAUGCUUUCAUGUAUGAAAAUUUCUUUUUGGUUGGACAAAUAAACAUGACCGUGCAGUGACAUGGAAUGUUACUCUUGCCUGAACAUACAUUUUGUGCAGCUUGAAUUGCUUUGUUUCUUGCUACUCAUUGGCAUGUUUAACUACCACCACUAAAGGCUCUUCAACAACACCUGGUAUCAGCUAAGCUCAAAUACGUUCAGUUAGAUCCAAAGGUAAGCCUGAAUGGAGCCAUAAAAGCAGUAGUGACUCUGUAAACUACACACUGCCAAAAAAAGUUGUGCUUGGUUCGAUAAUUUUCACUGUACACCUUUUGCUGAACGAGCAGCUGAAACAAUUUUAAUUUGAAUGUGGAUUUGGCAGCUGCACUUUGAUGACAUAACUGCGUGCAUUGAGCUUCUUCAAUGCACCAUAAUGGAACUCGGCCCUUUUAUUCCCCCUGAUUCUCUCUAGAUGUGGUUGAAACUUCCCAAGCUGUUACUAUUUUUUCACUAUCAGUAACUUAAGUGCCUAAAAGUUGAGUCACUUCAGCAUACAUUAAAGAGGAUGAAGGCGAAAGCCUGCAUGCUCACAAGACAUUCAUUAAAUUGCUUGACAUU